CGGCGGUGUCGGGGCAGCCAUUGCCGCGCUCGUUCCCGCGUUGAGGGACGGCCAUGGCGGAGGAGGAGGCGGCCCGCGGCGGUGUGUCCGGGGCCUCGGUGUCCGGCUUCGUGUUCGGAUCCCUCGCCUUCCAGCUCGCCAACGCCGACUCGGACGCGGAGGGGUUUCUUGUUGGUGAAAUCAAAUCAGAAGCAAAAUAUAGUAUUACUGAUUUUCAGAUGGAUGACAUUGAGGUUGAAAAUACUAUAGAUAUACAGAAACAUAUUCCAUGUUACAGGCUAUUCAGUUUUUACAAUGCUGCUGGUGAAGUGGACAUGACAGCAUUGCAGAAGAUAUUGAUAAAUCAGGAACAGAAUGUUAUUGGUUGGUAUAAGUUCAGACGUAACACAAAUCAGACCAUGACAUUCCGAGAACGUCUCCUUCACAGGACCCUGCAGAAGCAACUGAAAAACCAACAGCUGGUGUUCUUUCUCCUUACAACCAAGUUAAGCAGAGAGAAUGGCUCCACACACAAUCUGGAGUAUACGCUAUUUAACCCACAAGAAAGUUUUGUUCAGUCCAUACCCAUAUCUGUGACAAAUCUAGGAAUGUCUGAACAGCAAGACUAUAAAGCAUUUUCUGGACCCAGUUGUGCCGAGGGCUAUUGUCGAGCAAUGAAGAAACACAGACACGCAUUUUUUGAACAGGAAGGAUCCUUAAAAGAGGUUAAGAGAAUUCAAUGCAUGUAUAAUACACUACAAGAGGAACUGAAGAACACUUGCUUAAAGGUACAGGAGAGUGAACGGUCAGUGGAAUGUUUACUUGCUGAUGUACGAGGACUGAGGGAGAAGGUAUCAGAGAAGAAAAGGUUGUGCAGAGUGAUUCAAGACGAGGAAUGGAAGUCUGACAAUACAGAAAAAAACAUAGACUUAGCUGAGGCUUUGAAGAAGGCCUUUCCACACUCAAAUCUUUUACAGUCCACGACAAUUACAAGAAGUGGUCAGGUUCUACCAGUUCAUUGUCACAGUAAAGUUGAUCAAGUGAACUUAAAGGACACUGUCACUCAGGUCGCAUUAAACAAGAUCCACGCAUCAGCUGCGGAGAGGGCGAAUGCCUCUGGGAUCACAUGUAAACGGAAGGCAAAAAACCGCCACGAUCGCCCCAGCUGGAGUAAAAAACGGAAAGCAGUUUGGUCGCGGGCCAGAAGGUCAGCAAAUAGAGACAGCGAGGACAGUGAAACUGAAUUGAUGAUCAUGCACACUGAAUCGGAGAAUGAAGAUGAGAUGGAUGAUUACAUAAACGAUGCCGCUUCACCAACAUUUUGAACAUUCCUGGGCUGAAAAUUGUUAAGCCAUUUUUACUCCAAAAAAAAACCAAGUGCCAAAUCUUUGUCCGUACAUUUUGAAAAGGAUGCUAUAAUUGAAAAGCAUGCUGCGUUUUGGGGGCAGGGAAGGCAUGAUUGUUGUUUACAUCAUGGUGACUUCAUCUUGUUUGAGAUGUCUGACCUAAUACUGGAGGCAUUAAUAAGAAUUUUAAUGUUUUGCAGAAUCAGUGCAUUGAUGAAAGGUUUGGAAUACAGUACUGUUUUUUCAUGAUUAGUGCCUACAGAGAUUAAAUCUCUCCAGUUCUUAACUUUUGAAGAGUUUUUCUGCUUUUUUGGUCCCCACACUUCAACACCCAG